GGCCGGCGGAGGAAGGGGAGGGAGCGAGGCGCGCGCGUUGCUCUCGCGUGCUCUCGCGCCGCUCGCGUGACCGGCCGGUGUGUGCGUGAGGCGCCGGCUCCCCGGGGCACGGACGGCCGGGCGCGCACCGCUGCUAGGGGCGUCCGGGUGCGGGUCGGCUGCCCGGGCCGGCGCAAGGGGCGGGCGUGCGGGCCGAGGGGGCUCCGGGCGGACACACGCGCACUCGCUCCCGGAGGAGCCUUCUCCAAGGCUGCUCUUCCUCGGCCAGACGGAGAGCGGCACUGUCUCCCCGCCCAGCGCACACUCGCCCCGUGUCCCCCCCCGCGGCGGCUGCUCCUCCUCGGCACCGCCAGCCCCAGCGCCGCUCCCGGGCUGGCGGGCGGGCGGCGGCGGGACCUGCGGAGCCGCUUUGUGUGCAGCCCAACGAGGGGCGGCGGCGCAACCACCUGACAGAGGCCCGGGCGCUCGAUGCACCUUCCGCCCGCAUGAAGAGGAGAGGCCGGUAGAGGACUGUGAAAGAAAAGUUGUCCCCCAGGAUGGACUUCACCGCGCAGCCCAAGCCUGCCACUGCCCUCUGUGGCGUCGUGAGUGCCGACGGGAAGAUCUCUUACCCUCCGGGGGUAAAGGAGAUCACCGACAAGAUCACCACCGACGAAAUGAUCAAACGACUGAAGAUGGUAGUAAAAACAUUUAUGGAUAUGGAUCAAGACUCAGAAGAUGAAAAACAGCAGUAUCUCCCAUUAGCCUUGCAUCUUGCAUCUGAAUUCUUCCUCAGGAACCCCAAUAAAGAUGUGCGUCUUCUUGUAGCAUGUUGUUUGGCUGACAUCUUUCGAAUCUAUGCCCCAGAAGCUCCAUAUACGUCUCAUGAUAAACUUAAGGACAUAUUUUUGUUUAUUACCAGACAAUUAAAAGGUUUGGAGGAUACAAAGAGUCCGCAGUUUAAUAGAUACUUUUAUUUAUUAGAGAAUUUAGCUUGGGUUAAAUCGUAUAACAUCUGCUUUGACUUGGAAGAUUGCAAUGAAAUUUUUAUUCAGCUUUUUAGAACUCUCUUCUCAGUGAUCAACAACAGCCACAAUAAGAAGGUACAAAUGCAUAUGCUAGACUUGAUGAGUUCUAUCAUCAUGGAAGGUGAUGGAGUUACUCAAGAAUUACUGGACUCUAUUCUCAUUAACCUCAUUCCUGCACAUAAGAACUUAAAUAAACAGUCUUUCGACCUUGCAAAAGUCCUGUUGAAAAGGACCGUCCAGACUAUUGAGGCAUGCAUUGCCAAUUUUUUCAAUCAAGUCCUGGUGCUGGGAAGAUCAUCAGUAAGUGAUUUGUCAGAGCACGUAUUUGAUCUGAUUCAGGAACUUUUUGCUAUAGAUCCUCAUUUGUUAUUAUCUGUCAUGCCGCAGCUUGAAUUCAAACUGAAGAGCAAUGAUGGAGAAGAGCGAUUAGCUGUUGUUCGACUUCUGGCUAAAUUGUUUGGCUCUAAAGAUUCUGAUUUGGCAACACAGAAUCGUCCUCUUUGGCAAUGCUUUCUUGGGCGAUUUAAUGACAUUCACGUUCCUGUGAGGUUAGAGAGUGUGAAAUUUGCCAGUCACUGUUUAAUGAAUCACCCAGAUUUAGCAAAGGAUCUCACAGAAUAUUUGAAGGUUAGAUCUCAUGAUCCAGAAGAAGCUAUUCGUCAUGAUGUCAUUGUUACUAUAAUAACAGCUGCCAAAAGAGACCUUGCCUUAGUAAAUGAUCAGCUGCUUGGUUUUGUGAGGGAAAGAACACUGGAUAAGCGGUGGCGGGUAAGAAAAGAAGCUAUGAUGGGUCUUGCUCAGCUUUAUAAGAAAUACUGUCUUCAUGGUGAAGCGGGAAAGGAAGCUGCAGAGAAAGUCAGCUGGAUAAAGGACAAACUUUUGCAUAUUUAUUACCAGAACAGCAUUGAUGACAAACUGUUGGUAGAGAAAAUCUUUGCUCAGUAUCUUGUUCCCCACAAUCUGGAAACAGAAGAGAGAAUGAAAUGCUUAUAUUAUUUAUACGCUAACUUGGAUCCAAAUGCUGUAAAAGCUCUCAAUGAAAUGUGGAAGUGUCAGAACAUGCUUCGGAGUCAUGUACGAGAACUAUUGGAUUUGCACAAGCAGGCCACAUCAGAGGCUAACUGUUCUGCCAUGUUUGGAAAACUGAUGACCAUAGCAAAGAAUUUGCCUGACCCUGGGAAAGCACAAGAUUUUGUGAAGAAAUUUAACCAAGUUCUUGGCGAUGAUGAGAAACUGCGGUCUCAGUUGGAGUUAUUAAUCAGCCCAGCAUGUUCCUGCAAACAGGCAGAUGUUUGUGUGAGAGAAAUAGCCCGGAAACUUGCAAAUCCUAAGCAGCCAACAAAUCCUUUCCUAGAGAUGGUCAAAUUUCUGUUGGAAAGAAUUGCUCCUGUGCACAUUGAUUCAGAAGCCAUAAGUGCACUAGUAAAAUUGAUGAAUAAAUCAAUUGAGGGGACAGCAGAUGAUGAAGAGGAGGGCGUAAGUCCAGACACAGCUAUUCGUUCAGGGCUUGAACUUCUUAAGGUUCUGUCUUUCACACAUCCUACCUCGUUCCACUCUGCAGAGACAUAUGAGUCCUUGUUACAGUGCCUGAGAAUGGAGGAUGACAAAGUGGCGGAAGCUGCCAUACAGAUUUUUAGAAAUACUGGCCACAAAAUUGAAACAGACCUUCCCCAGAUACGAUCGACCUUAAUUCCCAUUUUACAUCAAAAAGCAAAGAGGGGUACUCCACACCAAGCAAAACAGGCUGUGCACUGUAUACACGCCAUAUUCACAAAUAAAGAAGUCCAGCUUGCACAGAUUUUUGAGCCUCUCAGUAGGAGUCUGAAUGCUGAUGUACCAGAACAACUUAUAACUCCAUUAGUUUCACUGGGCCACAUUUCUAUGUUAGCACCAGAUCAGUUUGCUUCCCCAAUGAAAUCUGUAGUAGCAAAUUUUAUUGUGAAAGAUCUGCUAAUGAAUGACAGGUCUACAGGUGAGAAGAAUGGAAAAUUAUGGUCUCCAGAUGAAGAAGUUUCCCCUGAAGUACUGGCAAAGGUACAGGCAAUUAAACUUCUGGUAAGGUGGCUGUUGGGCAUGAAAAACAACCAGUCUAAAUCUGCCAAUUCAACUCUUCGGUUAUUGUCAGCGAUGUUGGUUAGUGAGGGUGACCUGACAGAGCAAAAGAGGAUCAGUAAAUCUGAUAUGUCUCGCUUGCGAUUAGCUGCUGGUAGUGCCAUAAUGAAGCUUGCUCAGGAACCUUGUUACCAUGAAAUUAUUACCCCAGAACAGUUUCAGCUCUGUGCACUCGUUAUUAAUGAUGAAUGUUACCAGGUAAGGCAGAUAUUCGCACAGAAGCUGCAUAAGGCACUUGUGAAGUUGCUGCUCCCAUUGGAGUAUAUGGCCAUCUUUGCCCUGUGUGCCAAAGAUCCUGUGAAGGAGAGAAGAGCACACGCACGACAGUGUCUGCUAAAAAAUAUCAGUAUACGCAGAGAAUACAUAAAGCAGAACCCAGUGGCUGCUGAGAAAUUACUAUCACUGUUGCCUGAGUAUGUAGUUCCAUACAUGAUUCACCUGCUAGCGCAUGAUCCAGAUUUUACGAGAUCACAAGAUGUUGAUCAGCUCCGUGAUAUCAAAGAGUGCCUCUGGUUCAUGCUUGAAGUUUUAAUGACAAAGAAUGAAAACAAUAGCCAUGCCUUUAUGAAGAAGAUGGCAGAGAAUAUAAAAUUAACCAGGGAUGCCCAGUCUCCAGAUGAGUCCAAGGCAAAUGAAAAACUUUAUACAGUAUGUGAUGUGGCUCUUUGUGUUAUAAAUAGUAAAAGUGCUUUAUGCAAUGCAGAUUCACCAAAAGACCCAGUCCUCCCAAUGAAAUUUUUUACACAACCUGAAAAGGACUUUUGUAAUGACAAAAGUUAUAUUUCAGAAGAGACAAGAGUACUUCUGUUAACAGGAAAGCCAAAGCCUGCUGGAGUACUAGGUGCUGUCAACAAACCUUUAUCAGCAACAGGGAGGAAGCCCUGUGUUAGAAGCACCGGCGCUGAGACUGGAAGCAAUAAUAAUGUAAAUUCAGAGCUGAACCCUCCAACCGGAAAUCGAUCAAGGGAACAGAGUUCAGAGGCAACAGAAACUGGAGUUAGUGAAAAUGAAGAGAUGCCUGUGAGAAUUAUUUCUGUCACACCUGUAAAGAAUAUUGACCCUGUAAAGAAUAAGGAAAUUAAUUCUGAUCAGCUUACCCAGGGCAACAUCAGCAGUGAUCGAGGAAAGAAAAGAACAGUAACCGCAGCUGGUGCAGAGAACAUCCAACAAAAAACAGAUGAGAAGGUGGAUGAAUCAGGACCACCUGCCCCAGCCAAACCUAGGCGAGGACGUCGACCCAAGUCUGAAUCUCAGGGCAAUGCAACCAAAAAUGAUGAUAUCAAUAAACCAGUUAACAAGGGAAGGAAAAGAGCUGCGGCCGGUCAGGAGAUCCCUGGGGGUUUGGAAGCAGGUAAUGCCAAAGCACCCAAACUGCAAGAUGUAGCCAAAAAGGCAGCACCAGCAGAGAGACAGAUCGACUUGCAAAGGUAAAAAGAACACUCAUUUGCAAAGGGAGAAAAUGAAGGCCAAGCAGAAACAGGCUCCAGCUUCUGCAAAAACUUGGAUUCACAAUGUCCCUAAACAGAAAAUGACGUUCACUUCAGAAUACAUGCUUUCUGCCUUGAAAACUGAAAGGAACUAUUACUUCCUUUUCACAUGACCACAAGUCCUCUGAUGGAAAUGUACAGCAGAUACUCUUGAGAGAGAGGCUAAAAGCAACUCUAUUCUGUCCUCCCCCCAGACUUUUCUUAUGAAAAGUCAAUAAUUAAGCAAAUUGCUUAACAUUUGGUUCCAGUUCCUAUGUAUCUGGAGUCUAAAUGCAUAAUAUACCAUUAAUUUCCAUGCUGCAGUUUUUAUUUUAAAGAAAGUAACAAGAUGUCCCUCUACACUGACACUGAAAAUUCAUCCAUUUUAAAGCCAGGAAUUCCCAUAAUACACAAGAAAAAAUAGAAGUCUACUGAAUUAAUUUUUUAAAAGAAAAGAGAUCAGAUUAAAUAUUUGUUUUUUCUUUUGGAAACUUUUGUGUAUAAUUCUUUCUGCCUGCCUACUUUUCUGCAAAAAUGAGAUGUACAGAUUUUAGUUCCCUGCUAUGAAAAGUGAUGUGGUGGCAAUUUUAUAAAUGUUGCUUUCUGAUUUUUAUCAGAGUGAGAAAAUAAUUAAAAUUAUUAUUGAUUUGCAAGUAGUAAACUUCAUAUUUUGAUUUCCCCUCUGUUUUGGUUUAAUAUAAUUUGCAAUAAAUGUACAUAUUGUUGUUUCAUAAAGCAUAUCACUUUAAAAUAGUUUUUACUCCUGCAUCUAUGAUGGAUUAUUUGAGAUUUUAAAGGAGUAAAGACUGUCCAACAUUUGGUUUUAUAAUGUUUGUCACUAGAUUUUUAUUAUCGAUAUAAGAAAAAGUCAAUUUUUUGGCAGCUUUGUAAGGAAAGUUGGAGGUGUUUAGGAUUGCUAUCAAUUUUCAGCAUUGUGUUAUUGGGAAGUUCAGUGUUUUUGCUUUUGUCUGCUGGUCUGGGCUCAGUUUCUGUGUCAAUUUUAGAAGACAACUGUUGCAUCAACAUAUUAUGUUUCCUGGCAUUGUUCAGCAUAGGUAAUGUGUGCACUUUCUGUGUACACGUGAUCAUAUUUAAGUUUCAUGCAUAAAAUAAAUGCUUCUAGAUGUCAUAUGGCAGUCUUUUUUAAUCUUUUUAUCAUAUCCUUAACAAAUUUUUUUAAUGUGAAAGGGCUAAAGUCAUAAAGAACAUGAUUACAGUCAACUCUCCAUUAUCUAUAUUAUGUAUAAAAUAGUGACACUGCCUCACAUUUUUAAUUUUGUGAUAAUCAUAAAUUUAAAAACAAAAUAUUGAAGGCAUAUUGCAAGACCUGGUUCUGGAGGAAGUUUAAAUUUCUCUUUUCUCAUGCUGAUACUCUGCUCCCGUUCCCAGGUUAGGCUCAUCCCCAGAGCCUUAGCAGAACGCGCACUCUGCAUUUCCUACACACAUCUACCCUGGGUUAGAGGAAGUAAACAUUGGUGUUGUAACCUGAUACUCUACAUGGGAUAUGAAACAGUGAGAUGUGUCGAAAGCAUAUGAUUAUGUUAACAGUGAGGUUUGUUGAGAAGUAAAUGUCAUUUAUGUUCUGAUAAUCAAGAGUUGGCUGUAUAUUGACUGAAAGAUGGGAAAUUAUUUAAAUUUGCAUAUUCACACAUUUAGCCUUCAGGAUGGCUAGGGAACAGUGGGUACCAAUGACAGAAAAUAACUUGCUUCUUCAUAACCCUGUACCAUGAAAGUAUGAAAUAUUGCCUCCAACAUGCUGAAAAGACUAUCUAUGCAUAAUUAUCGGAGAAGUCCCUCAAGCAGUCAGCGGGUGUGUUUGAUACAGAAUUGAAAGUUCUCUUAGCAUCAGACAACUUGAUUCUUAAGCCCUCUAAUUUUGUCACCCAAAAAAAGUACAUUAAAGCCAGACAAGGCAGCUCACGCCUGUAAUCCCAGCACUCUGGGAAACCUAGGUGGGAGGAUUGCUUGAGCUCAGGCAUUUGAGACCAUCCUGAGCAAGAACAAGACCCCAUCUCUACUAAAAAUAGAAAAAUUAGCUGGGUGUUGUAGUGGACACCUGUAGUCCCAGCUACUCAGGAGGCUGAGGCAGAGGGAUCAUCGAACCCAGGAGUUUGAGGUUGCUAUGAGCUCUAAUGAUGCCAUGGCACUCUAUCUAGCCUGGGCAACAGAGUGAGACUGUCUCCAAAAAAAAAAAAGAAAGUACAUUCACCUUCACCUUUUUCUCCCACUCCUUUUAACUGAUUGUCCAUGGUUUUACUAGGUUACAAAAUGUUAAGUCAUAUCAAACAAAAUGUAGCAGAACCAUUUGCACUAAUUUAUUGCUAUUUAGAUGUUUUGCAAAGGAGUUAGCUAAAGGAUCCAUUCUUCAUACAGAUGUAAAUGGCCCACACUGACUUGGCCAAGUGAAGCAAGUGUCUGGCACUAAGGGAAAUGAGACCUGGCUGGUAGAAAGAUCAAGCUGAUGGGGAGGGACUUGUCUACCGGCAAUUUCUGUUUUCCUAUGAAAAGGAAAAUUUUAAAUCCCAUAGGAAUUUGAUAUACUCACAUCUCAGAGAACUACAACACAAGUGCAGACUUAUAUUUGAAAAUUAAUGUUAACCCUUUGUGUCUAGUUUGGAGCUUCUUGUAUUUGUCUAAAAACUACAAGCCAGAAUUUUGUAUCUCCUUUGAUAAAAAGUGUGUAUAAUGUAAAGUAGUUUUGCAUAUUCUUGUGCUGCAUAUGGGCUGAAUUUUUAAAAAAUUUUUUAAAGACUUGAAGCAGAACCUUGUAAUUUGUGUAAAUGACAAGUGUAAAAUCCUACCAUAAAAUGCUAAAAAAUAUGCACUGUUUCAAAUAAAACCAAGAAAUGCAGCAUUA